AAGACAAGAGGGAGCGUGCGGCACUGUGAUUCAGGUCUAAUUAAAGAGUUGCGUCUGCGCGGAGUUAUAAGCGAAGAGCAGCUCUUCUCUGAUAAUCUAGCUGGAAGGCAGCGGCGAAGCUCCACGCGGACGUCGGACGGGGAGGACGCUGCUGGAUGCCGGCUUUGCCUCCACUAUGGCAAAAAUCAUCCUGAGGCACCUCAUCGAGACUCCAGUGCGAUACGAGCAGGAGUUCGAAGCUCGAGGUCUGGAAGACUGCAGGCUGGAUCACGCUUUAUAUGCACUGCCCGGGCCAACCACGGUGGACCUGGGGAAGGCCAGGGCGGCCCAGGCUCCUCCAGUGGACGCCGCUGAGAUGCCGCCCCAGAGAGGCGAAUCCCGCUUCCAGGUCCUGCUGGACGUGGUCCAAUUCCUCCCCGAAGAUAUCAUCAUUCAGACCUUCGAGGGCUGGCUGCUGAUAAAAGCUCAACAUGGAACCAGAAUGGAUGAGCAUGGUUUUAUCUCCAGAAGCUUCACCCGACAGUAUAAACUGCCCGACGGCAUUGAAACCAAAGAUUUGUCGGCCAUCCUCUGUCACGAUGGAAUUCUGGUGGUGGAAGUAAAGGAUUCGGCUGGGACCAAGUGACAUCGUGUCGGGAAACUCCACAUUUAGGAAACUCUGUGACAGAAAUGGAGCCCAAGAUGGAAUAUAUGUUUCUUACUAGAAAUCCCAAUAUCACAGUGCCUCAACAUUUUGUUGGUCCCUCAGCCCUGCCCACAUCUCUGUAAAUAAUCAUUUUAUUGUAUAUUUUUUAAAAAUCCAAGCUAAGUAUGCUUUUUGUGUCCCUUCGUAACUCUGAAUGGCAUAUUCACCUAUAUAUUCUUCCUCUGGCACAAGAAAGGCCUCUUGUGCCCGAGGAACAAAAAGACAACAAAAAAUAGGGAAACAUAAGAGGAAAUUGCAAGGAGAUCCAACCAGUCCCUCUUAAAGGAAAUCAGUCCUGAAUAUUCAUUGGAAGGACUGAAGCUGAAGCUGAAACUCCAAUACUUUGGCACCUGAUGCGAAGAACCAACUCUUUGGAAAAGACCCUGAUGCUGGGAAAGAUUGAAGGCAGGAGAAGAAGGGGACGACAGAGGAUGAGAUGGUUAGAUGGCAUCACCAACGCGAUGGAUAUGAGUUUGAGUAGGCUCUGGGAGUUGGUGAUGGACAGGGAAGCCUGGCGUGCUGCAGUCCAUGGAGUUGCAAAGAGUUAGACAUGACUGAGUGAUUGGACUGAACUGAACUGAAGAAAUAUUUGCAUUUUGGGGGGUUUUUGUCUAGUCAAUAAGGCUAAAAAUUAUGAUGAUAUUCAGUGUUGCUUAGUAUGGUAAACAAUAUCUCUUUGUUGCUGAUUUGUAGCAUAAAUUAGAACAAUCUUUCUGCCAGAGAGUAUGUUAAGACUCUUCAUAUAGUUUGAGAAGUAGAAGAGCAAGAAUUAAAGAAUUUACUCUGUUACAAUAAAAUUAUACAAAAUUUGUGAGGCAUUCUGUAAUCUGAAAUGUUGAAAAUGUAAGAAAUUUGUUAAGCAAACUAAAGUCUAUUCAAGUUAUAAAAUACUAUCCUGCCAAUAAAAAUCA